GCCCACCCAACUCUGGGACAGCAGCUCCCCUUCAAUCUAUUCAUGUAUUGGUAUUCAACAUUCAUUUUCAUUUGAAACGGGUGGAAGAUGGUACCAGUCAACCGUGAGCCGGAGGAGGAGCCCGAAGCCACUGCCGAGAGAUGGAGGACCCCACGCCUGAGCCCGUCUACGUCGACGUGGACAAAGGACUGACCUUGGCCUGCUUCGUCUUCCUCUGCCUUUUCCUCGUCGUGAUGAUCAUUCGCUGCGCCAAGGUCAUCAUGGACCCUUACAGCGCCAUCCCCACAUCCACCUGGGAGGAGCAACACCUGGAUGACUGA